UUCGUUUCAAAAGCGGACGCAUCGUGCGUGCUCGCCUACUGCCUUCAGACCAUGGUAGCCACCGGUGCAGAGGAUCAGGACCAGAACCAGGAGCCGUGUGUGCUGAGCCCCACGUCGGCGGUGACGGGACUGCCGCAGAAGCGCUUCUACCGCCAGCGGGCCCACUCGAAUCCCAUCGCGGACCACAGCUUCGACUAUCCUGCCCGCCCGGAGGAUGUGGACUGGCGCUCGCUGUACCCGAGCAUCCAACCGGGCCAGCAGGUCAGCUUUGCGGACAUUGGCUGCGGCUACGGCGGCUUCCUGAUAACCCUGGGGGAGAUGUUCCCCGAGAAGCUCUCCAUCGGCAUGGAAAUCCGCGUCAAGGUGUCUGACUAUGUGGUGGACCGGAUAACGGCGCUGCGGCGCAAGAGCAUGACCGCUGGAACGAGUGCGUACCAGAACGUCGCCUGCCUGCGCACCAACGCCAUGAAGUAUCUACCCAACUAUUUCGCCAAGGGCCAGCUGGAAAAGAUGUUCUUCCUCUACCCUGAUCCGCACUUCAAGCGCGCCAAGCACAAGUGGCGCAUCAUCAACCAGGCCCUGCUCUCCGAGUACGCCUAUGUCCUAAGGAAAGGGGGUCUGGUGUACACUAUGACGGACGUGGAGGACCUGCACAAGUGGAUUGUGGCGCACAUGGAGGAGCACCCGCUGUACGAGCGUCUCUCAGAAGAGGAGGCGAAAUCCGAUCCCAUCACCCCGAAGCUGUACCAGAGCAGCGAGGAGGGCGCCAAGGUGGUGCGCAACAAGGGCGAUCAUUUCCUGGCCAUUUUCCGGCGCCUCUAGGACCACGUAUAUUCUCCAUAUAUGUAGACAUUAAUUUAAGAUUACCGUAGAGUAAAGAUCGAUUGUUAAAGCA